AGUGUGAUGAACAGAGGUAUGAUGGUGUAGUAACUGAUGUAAUUUGUAUCCUGUCGCAAGAUGUGGGGCCUUCUUGGCAGCAGCAAGGAAGGUGCUCAAGAGGCAGCACCCCCAGAUACUACCCCAGUUGCUCCCCCUCCGAUGAUGUUCAACCCUCAGAACACUACCUCAACCAUCAAAAGUCGAACAUCCCGUAACCCCCUCUCCAGACCUAAGCGCCCUGCAGCAUCAGGGCAGGUCAUCAAUCAGGCCCAGCUUCAGAACCAGCCUCUGUCACCUACGGGACAGGCUGUGUCUCCUCACGGAGAAGGUCAGGUUCAGGCUCAGAGUCCUGUUUCUCCGUCUGCUUUACCUUCUUUUAAUGCCUUUCCUAACUUCCAGUCUUCUGACAACCAUAACUUAGCUGCUGAACAUCCAAAUAAUCAGCCGCCUAGUACUGAACAGGUUAAUCAAUAUCUCAGCAAUUAUGAUUAUGGGGUUGCCGCUGUGGGUCAAGUCAACGAAAAUGCCCCUGUUGAUAGCAAUCAGAUUAACAACAGUAUUCAUCCUCCUCAAGAAAACCAUCACCAUCAGAUGGACCAACACACGCAAAACCAACAGUAUCCUCAAGAUGGCCAAUAUCAACAAAACAACCAAUAUGACCAACAACAACAUCAGUACCAACCUCAUCAAAACCAAGUUGAGCAGCAAAACGAGCACCAGCCAGGGUACUACCAGGAGACGGUUGGAACGAGCACCAGCAACCCCAGGAUCAUAACCAACAUCAGCAACAAAAUGGCGUGUCUAGUGAUCUGCAGGGCUCCCAUCACCAGUACAACCAAGAGGUCUCUGGAGAUGGAUCACAACACCAUCAGCAAAGUACAACUACAAACGAAACCCAACAGCCGGUACAAGCAAUGAAUAUCAUGUCUGAGGAAGAUUUCAACAAACAUUAUUUCGAGCACUCUGGUACUUAUGCUCCUGAUGGUGCCUGGUUACAAUACUACCAACAGUG